ACCUUUUUGCCCAGUUCAUUUACUACAUGCCGAUCCGGAAACCGCCUCAAAUUUUCGACGCUUCUGUUCCAAUCUGGUGUCUGCCGACGUGCCAACGGAAAGCAGAAACGACAGUCUCAUGAUGGGCUGUCCGACAACCACUGGCGCUGAUGUUGGGCGAUUCUGACGGGGAUGGGAUGGCUGAGCCAUGUCACUGGGAAGCAUGCAUCUCUACUGCAUUAGCUUCUUUGGGGCCUUCAUUGGCGGGGCAUCCUGCAGCAAUUAACCAUGGACAACGAACGACAGUGGCAGUCUCGAGAUGCACCAUUUAUUACUCGAACGACGACGACAGCCAUACGCGGCAGUUCGUCUCCUUCACCUCUCUUCGACUUGUUUGCUUUCUUCAGUUUGCACAUCAUGCAGACUUCUGCGCCCCCGACCUUCCUCUGAUAUCUGCACAAGGCAAGGCCUUCCCCACUUACACUAGACGCCGUUUUCUUACACCCCUGCGGAUGGUGAUAGGAAACGCACAACCAGGCGCAGUGAUGGAGCGAAGUGCGACGUACUACGGCUUGCUAAAGUUGGCUGCCAUGACGCUGGACCAAGUUGAGUCUGUCACAUUGCCAUUUCUUCGCUCAUACGCCUACCUACAUACUUGCCAUCCUCCAACUCCUCGAUCUGGGUUUCGGAUGUGGCAUUACUACUAGACGCCAGUAUCACCUCGCGGCAUGAUCACCUCUUGCGAGGUA